AUGGUUCGAAAAAAGAAUAAAACAAAAAUUAGGUGUCCUGGUACUAGUUCUACCGCUCAUGAACCCCAUUCCUCUACAGAUGCUACUAAUCGAAUAUUGAAUGAGUCGCAAUCUGAAAUUAUUUUAUCGGUAAAUAUUACUGACCCAGUAAAUAAAUUAGGGACUUCAAACUUUACUCAUUCGAAUAAAUCUACAAAUAUUACAUAUACGGCAACAGCGACAGAAUUGCGAAAACUUUUGCAGGAAGGAGUUAUACUUAAAGAAAUUCAUCAGGCAUUGGAAUGUAAUCAAGAAGACAGUUCCUUUAUUACUAACUUUAUCCACACUUCAAUGGAGCUCGAAAAGCAUAGUAAGGAUCCGAGAGAAAAAGUAUAUCACAAAUUAAUGAGAGAAGUUUUUAAUAUAAAGAUACUUUAUGAAGCGUUCAAACGAGAUGGGCAUAUGAUCCAAGCAGAAUUUUAUAAAAAUAGAAUAGAAAAAUACAUACAUGAAUUUCUUUCUCAUAUAGGGGAGGAUAAAAAAGGAUGGUUAUCUCGUGGUGCAGUUAAAGCAUUGUGUCUAUCAACAACCUCACAAAAAAUAUUGGAUUUACUUGAUAUGGCUAAGCAUAAAGGACUCAAAAUUUCAGAAAAUUCUAUCGAAUGUAUUGAAGCUAUCUUGUCUAAGAAUUAG